AUGGCCAUCUUUAGAAAUAGUUUUUACAAAGGCCGCAACUGUCCGAGAAAUUGUGGAUACUUGUGCGGAGUGGUCUAUAGAAGACAGUAUAAAGAAGAGCUAAGGCUUCCUCUAGUCUCCUAUUUUGAGAAGCAUCCCGGAGACGCUUUUCAAGCGGAGACGAAGAAGUCUAGGAUGCGCCUCAAGAUGGAUUAGAGAGGGAGCGCAAAGGCAAUCUUUCUUGGUUUGCGUGAAUAAUUGCUGCAAAUAGAUUGACUCAUGUGUGAAUAAUUGUUCCUGAUGACCGUAAUUUUCCAAGAAGUUGUGGAUGCUUGUGUGCAGUGGUCUAUAGUUGACAGUGUAAAGAAGAGCUAAGGCUUCCUCUAGUCUCCUAUUUUGAGAAGCAUCCAGGAGACGCUUUUCCAGCGGAGAUGAUGGAGGGGUCUAGGAUGCGCCUCCAGGUGCAUGGGGUAGAGAGGGAGCGCAAAGGCAAUCUUUCUUGGUUUGCGUGAAUAAUUGCUGCAAAUAAAUCGACUGAUGUGUGAAUAAUUGUUCCUGAUGAAGGUAUGACGAGGAAACAUGUCAAUCAAAAUCAGGUACAGAAAAUGACUGGGAAGGUAGUUGUAGGGACCUAUGCAUAUGUCAUGAGAACCAAAAUUCAACAUUUAAAAGAAAAACCAAAAAGAUUAAACAACAGGGGACAAAUAUUUGAUGUCCAUUGAGUACGUAGGCAUGCCUUCGUCAUGUGAUACAUAGACGGCGGAGGGGAUUGCCUUGAUGAAUGGUUCAAAGGAUAAGGGAGGGGAUAAGGCUGAUCACAUCUAUGGUGAAGAUCUGCUCAGACCACUUUUAGCCUGACUUCUCGCUGCUCUCAAAACAUGAGUUGAAGGUGUUUACUUGCGAGUCUCGUUAUACAUCUACAACCUUGAGAACUACUCUUGGAGGCGGUAGAUCACUUAAGGGAAAUCUGCCUAAGUGUGAAGAUGUAAAGAAAUUGGAUCUGUCUAGUAGCUGUUUAUUCAGGAGUAUCCUAUUUUCACCACGACGACUUUGCAGACCACGCUACAUUUUUUCCUCCCUAUAUAGUCUGAGAAGAUAGUACAACACAGCCAAGGACGAUACCAAAGGGCCAUAGGGGUGGUUUUUCUUUGUGUUGUUGUUGUCGUCGUCGUCGUAUCUUUUUACACUAAGAAAUCGAAUGCUGGGAGUUUCUGAAUCUUGAUUUGAGUUGUCGAAUGCUGGGAAGUCGGUGCCCUGCGAAGGCCGGCCACCUGACUGACUGACUGACUGACUGAGCGGUGCCCAGGUGUGUUACCAAGGACCUGGAUAUAAUUUGAAAUUGAUUUGGAGAAGGGGAGGAAGCAGAUGAACUGCUGUAGCAGGUAUUUAAUCAAGGGCGAGAAGGAGAAUCGCAAUCGACUCUCCUUUGUUUUCAAUGCUGCGACUUCAACGGUUUGAUCGCUUGAAUAUUAGCACCCCUUUACCUCGUGAAUAGGUACAUCAGUCAGUCAAUCAAUCAAUCAGAGGACGCGCGACCAUUUUCAAAUGCGCCGCGUGUGACAGUUAUAAUUGUAGCGUUAUUCUCUCGUAUAAAUGAUCAUAUUAUUGAGUCUGCUUGUGUCCCGCAAACUCUGAUGAGGUAAGAGCCAACUUUCCAAAUGGAGGAGGGGCAGUUCGUGAUGAGUUUUGUAACUUUCUUAACUGUAUUAAGCAACUAAACCAAAAAACUCCAUCUGGCGAUAAUUAAGUAACCUUCUCCCAUAACAGGAUCUGUUAAGUAUUCCCUUUUUUCUCAGAGGUGUGCUGCCAAUCUAGCCUGUGCUGCAAAUCUAACUCGCCUAGCGUAAUCUUUCCUUUUUAUAAGGUUAGGGUAUAGGUCCAGCGGCGCCCAAAGCACAUAAGUAGAGCAGCCGGUUAGUUUUCCCUCUAUCUCGUAGAUUUAUCCCUUCAAGCAACAUACUAAAUUGAAGAAAAAAGGAGAAGAGCUGCUGCUGCGUGUCUUCUACAACAGUUUUCUGGUCGCUCUACUACUUCCAAGGAAAACUUCUCAAGAUUGCGCUUUACUCUUCCCAAAAGCCGGGCAGUAGAUAGAGCAUCCUCUUGCUUGAAGAGAUGUGGAGAUGGUAGGUCCUCCUACAUGAACAAGAACGCGAAUGAACAUAAAAGCUACCACACUAAAUUUUUAGAACUUGCGUGACAGAAUUUAGAAAAAAGAACUUACUAGCAUCCUGUGAUUGGCGACUGUUGUUCGUUAGAAACCUGCCUUGUGACUCCUGAAGAAGAGUCCGGCUCUGUUUUCAGGGGAUCUCGAAGUCGGUCAAUCUAGGACAGCUGCCAAUGGAAUCUUCUAUACCCCAUGACGGGGCACGCUACCACUACUACUAUAGUCCCCUUUUAUUCAUCUCUACUUGAGCUUGAGCUUUCCUCUCGGGCGGUGGUGUCCUUCAGGUUUUCGGAUCAACGGUUGCCGAAAAUAGAAGAAAUGUACAAAGUUGAGUGACGAGUAUAUCAUCUCUAACUCGUCAGUGAACGAACUUUAGCCGUUAGGGGUCAGGGCUACUUCCAAAGGGGCCUGCGCUGUGAAGUGCGUGCUUUCUUUGCGCCCACCCCAGCUGGUGCGUCGAACGAUUCGAAAUACGUGGGUCAUACUAAUUUUUUAGUAUACUGCCCGCCAUAACACCCCUUCGAAAAAUUUGUAAUUGUAAUUGUGACUGCAUGUAGAGGGAGCUACAUCUCAAUCGCAGAGCAGAUCCAACUUGGUUCAUGAUUCAAUAUUCCCAGACCGAUUUUCUCAGGGACGGACACAAACUGCCAAAUUUUUGUUUUUCUGUUGCCUACUUGUGUCUUAUUGCCAAAUACGUUUGACUGCAGACACUAGAACUUCUUGGAAGGAUACAACUACAUACGCAACUACAUGAAAAUAACGACCACGACAAGUCUCAACAACGGCAUGCAGCCACACAUCUUCAUUGGAAACCAAUUAGAAUACAACACUUACUCUGUUAGUGCUGGUUGAAAUCGUUCUAC